AUGAAAAAGGGGAGAAAAACUCCGCACCUGCUAGUAGUACUACUAUGGCCCUUCGCAUGGUCCCUCGCAUGGCCCUUCGUAUGGCCCUUCUUAUGGUCCUUCUCUCUCAUUUGUAAUCGUUCAAGCUGCUUCAAACAUGGCAGUGGCGAAGCAAAGGGGGUCCUUACAAUAGGCAGCAAAAGAAGCGGCUUUCGGAACAGAAAAAAAAAGGAGUUGACCCUGCAGAGCUAUGGGAAGGAAUUUUCUGAGCGAGUAAAGAAGCUAAACUUCCUAUCCGAUGUUUUAAAAAUUGAUGCGUACCCAUCGUCCUUCAUAAAAAGAACGACAAAGAUAGACGACUUGAAGAGUAAGUAUGGGCAUUUAAAAAAUGGAGAAAAGGAUGACAACAAAAAGUAUGUCAUAUACGGCCGAGUAACAGUCAAACGGAACGAUGGAAUGUUCCUGAAUAUACAGGAUGACGGCGGCACUGUACAAAUAUAUAUUGAUGCACAUUUGGUGCUUAAAGGGGGAAGCAAAUCGGAGGAAAAAAAGAAUGAUUGUCUAGAGAGCGAUGGGGAGAAUGACCAGGGGAACAAGAAUACCUGUCCAGGUGUAGAGCAAAAUGGGGUUAACUCCCGUAACGGUGAUGGUAAUGCUACACAUGGAGAGGGAAGCCAAUUCCCUUUGGGCAUACAAGGAGAAACUCCCCACAAAGCAAACUCAAUAAACGUGAGAAAAAUUAUCGAAGUAGGCGAUUUCGUAGCCAUCAAAGGAUUUGUUAGAAAAUCCCAAAGGGGAGAAAUAACUUUACAUGCAGAAGAAAUUUUCUUGCUAACUAAAUCGUUGCUUCCCUUGCCAGACAAAUACAAAGGAAUGAAAGAUGUUGAAUAUAAGUACAGAAAAAGGUACCUCGACUUAUUAAUCAAUAAGGAAGAAAAGGAAAAAAUCUCCACUAGAUUUGAAGUCAUACAAGAAAUUAGAAAACUCUUGCUAAAAAAAAAAUACAUAGAAGUAGAUACCCCAAUAUUGCAGUCCAUCCCUGGAGGUGCUUCAGCUAAACCAUUUGAAACUUUCCUAAAGUCCUUAAAUUUAGUUCUGUAUUUAAGAAUAGCACCUGAACUGUAUUUGAAAAAAUUAAUCAUGAGUGGAAUUUCAGAACAAAUUUUCGAAUUCAGCAAAUGCUUUCGCAAUGAAGGCCUAAGUACCAUUCACAACCCUGAGUUUACACUGCUCGAAAUUUACAAGGCCUACUCUAAUUAUAAAUAUAUGAUUACAUUUGUUGAGAGGUUAAUAAAAACUGUGGCGAAGAAAUUUUCUUUUUGUUCGAGUGUCGAUAAGGGUUUGCUCUACGAAAAGAGAUGGAAAAAAAUUUCCUUUAUGAAAAUAGUAAAGGAUUACACCAAUGUAAAUUUUCUCAACUUGUCGUUCGAUCAAGCUUAUAAUGAAGCAAAGAAAUUAAACGUAACUUUUGAUCAAGGGAAGGAGCACUUAAAUUGGGGACUCGUUGUUCAGGAGGUUUUUAAACGAAAGAUACUUCCCCUCUGGCCAAAACGUUAA